AUGGAGAUCUCGCGCCUGAUUCUCGGUAUCGUCGUCUUAGCAUGGCGUACUCCUGCCUUAUCCACGGCCAAUAUCAACGAAACUCGACCAUUCGAGCAACUAUUCCUUGACAUUUCUAUCGGAACUGUGCUUGAUCUAAACAACUCCCUGCAACUCGUCGAGCCAUGGGCUAGCGAGUACGUGUCUUCCAUCCGAGAGGCGCGGUUCGGCGACGCUCUGUGGGCUCGUUAUCACAUGUUCGGCACUAUCGUCGACGGCCUUGUUGAAGGCUCAAACCAAACAGUGAUGGAAGCGCUGGAAGAAUCCGCUAUGGAGUAUAAAGCAACUGUACCAGACGACUAUAGACACGCCUUGUCUGUGUACGCCAACACGAGUAACAACGAUAAACAUCGCGACGUCCUUGAUCUCCUUUCAGCGGUUCAUCUGAGGGACGUCAGUCAUCUUAAGGAACGAGCGACCUUUGGCAUCAAAUGCGAUAUUGGACAUAAUGAGGCGUACCGCUAUAAUUGCCUACGCCUUAUCGAGCUCAUGUCGACUAGCAGAGCAUAUAUUGGUGCUCAUGAUAGAACAAUUUUUCGCUAUGGAAAUUGUCACUUGAGAGUUGGUACUCUGACACAUGCCCCUGACGUCACCUAUUGGACUGCUCAUUCUGUGGCGGAGCUCAUUGAAGGGCAUUGCACAAGAGAAUGUUGUAAUCAUCAGCUGAAGACAUCGGGAUACUCACCAGCGAACCGCAGCCACCGUAAGGUGUGUCUCAGCAGCAAAGUAUGGGGUUGCUCUUAG